AACCAUCUAUAGGGGGCAGCAUCGUCCGAACCAUGAAUUUCACUGAAACGUAAUUUCAGUCAACAGCAGUGCAGCAGUAUUCGUUGGUAUUUGUAAUAUGGCGGGUGUUAUCACUCGCUGUUCUCAGAUUCCAAGAAGACAAUUAAGUCUUCUUGGUGUUGUUUUAAAUAACCAACAAGUUAAAAGUUUUGCGGAUGCUGCGCCAGAGGGGAAGAAAUUUGGAAGUCCGUUAAAUGACCAGGAUAGAAUAUUCACAAAUUUAUAUGGUAGACAUGACUGGAGAUUAAAGGGAGCAUUGAAAAGAGGAGAUUGGUACAAAACCAAGGAAAUUAUUUCUAAAGGAGCUGAUUGGAUUAUAAAUGAAAUAAAAGUAUCUGGUUUAAGAGGACGUGGAGGUGCUGGCUUUCCUUCGGGAAUGAAAUGGUCUUUUAUGAACAAACCUUCAGAUGGAAGACCUAAAUACUUGGUGAUAAACGGAGAUGAAGGGGAACCAGGAACUUGUAAAGAUCGUGAAAUUUUGCGUCAUGAUCCUCAUAAAUUGGUCGAAGGUUGUUUGAUAGCCGGUCGUGCCAUGGGAGCAUGUGCGGCUUAUAUUUAUAUUAGAGGAGAGUUUUACAAUGAAGCUUCGAACAUGCAAGUGGCUAUUGCUGAAGCCUACCAAGCAGGUCUAAUAGGAAAAAAUGCAUGCGGAUCGGGCUAUGAUUUUGAUAUCUUUGUUCAGCGAGGAGCUGGGGCUUAUAUAUGUGGUGAAGAAACAGCUUUGAUUGAAUCCAUUGAAGGAAAACAAGGUAAACCAAGAUUGAAACCACCGUUUCCAGCAGAUGUUGGGCUUUUUGGAUGCCCUACUACUGUAACAAAUGUAGAAACCGUUGCUGUUGCGCCGACUAUCUGUCGUCGAGGAGGUACAUGGUUUGCUUCAUUUGGCCGAGCAAGAAAUCACGGAACGAAAUUGUUUAAUAUCUCAGGUCACGUUAACAACCCUUGUACGGUAGAGGAAGAAAUGUCAAUACCUUUGAAGGAGCUGAUAGAAAGGCAUGCUGGUGGUGUUAUUGGAGGCUGGGAUAAUUUACUAGGUGUUAUUCCCGGCGGAUCGUCAACUCCUAUUAUUCCAAAGAAUGUUUGCGAUACCGUUCUUUUGGAUUUUGAUGAUCUUGUCAGAGUGCAAAGUUCUUUUGGUACUGCAGCUGUAAUCGUGAUGAAUAAACAGACUGAUGUAAUCAAGGCGAUUGCACGACUCAUUAGCUUCUAUAAGCAUGAAUCAUGUGGCCAAUGUACUCCUUGCCGCGAGGGAAUCAGUUGGAUGUACAAAAUAAUGAAUCGAUUUGUCCAAGGAAACGCAGAAGAACAUGAAAUUGAUAUGCUUUGGGAGCUCACAAAGCAAAUCGAAUUACAUACAAUUUGUGCUCUAGCUGAUGGUGCUGCAUGGCCGGUACAAGGUCUGAUUAGACAUUUCAGGCCUGUGAUUGAAGAGAGAAUGCAAAAAUUCAAACAAUCUGCAACUAAUUAAAGUAUAAAAUUAAGAAACUAUAUAUAAUUUAUUGAUUAAUUUUCAGUUGUAAUUAUGUAGGUAAUAAAAGUUAAUAAAAUAAUUGUUUAAGAA